GUCACAUCUUGUUGCAAGUGUCACGCGAUCGCUGAACAAGAUGGCUCCCAAGAAAAAGUCGUCUGGAGCAGAAGAAAAUGUGACCAUUGGCCCCAGCACUCGUGAAGGCGAGAUAGUUUAUGGAGUUGCACACAUCUUUGCAUCCUUCAAUGAUACCUUUGUCCAUGUCACUGACUUGUCUGGCAAGGAAACGCUGGUACGCGUCACUGGCGGCAUGAAGGUCAAGGCUGAUCGUGACGAGUCCUCGCCAUACGCUGCCAUGCUUGCUGCUCAAGAUGUGGCAGUUCGUUGCAAGGAGCUGGGAAUCGGAGCUGUGCACAUCAAGUUGCGCGCAACUGGGGGCAACAAAACCAAGACACCUGGACCGGGAGCUCAGUCUGCCCUUCGGGCACUGGCCCGUGCUGGUAUCAAAAUUGGGCGCAUAGAGGAUGUGACUCCCAUACCCACUGACUCAACAAGGCGCAAGGGUGGGCGCCGUGGGCGACGUCUGUGAGCCCUUGACUGUGGCCUGUCAGCCCUUUUACCUGAGCGGAGACAGCAGCAGAUGGGAAAUGAAACCGGGGUUAGCUGGCAGAGUGUUUUUGGUGUCUGGAAGUCACCCGGAGUUAGGGCCAGCCACAUGGCUCGUCAGGGAUCUGCCUUCAUACAGAUACGCUCGGCUCAUCGUAAGCUAGAAAGGCUAGCUUCUCGGUGUCGUAAAUUCAGUAGAUCCUGUCAAUGUACUCACGCCUACUCCAAGUCAUGUGUUGCAUUGUCCGCUGAAGGCCUGUCUGUGGGGCCGCAAGUGCAACUCGAAGAAGUUUGAACUCUUGUAUCAAGAUGCGCUUGAGGACAUCGAGCUGUAUGUUGUGAUCAACAUUUGCGCAGUCCUUGUUCCAAACGAGUAACACUGUUGCUCGACGUAUAGGAUGUAAUGCAGGCAUGUGCA